AUGGACUUGCUACGCAAACCUACAAGUGACAGGAAGAAUGGAUCAUUCCUGACUACAGCGGAAUUACGAGAGGCAGAGAACGUUCUGAUAAGACGAGUACAGAAGGAAGCUUUUAGUAAGGAAUGGAAGGCGAUCGUAAACCAAUCCGUUCUUCCAUCGAACUCCCCGUUACGGUGGUAUAAUCCUACGAUCUCCAAGAAUGGAAUUAUGAAGGUAGGCGGCCGUUUGAGCAAAUCCCAGGAAGCGGAAGACAGCAAACAUCCCAUUCCAUUGCCAGCUCGCCACGUCUUCACCCGCAAACUUCUGCAGUAUUACCAUGAAAGGCUAUUACAUGCCGGUACGCAGCUUCUGCUGGCUGUAGUAAAACUACGGUUUCUGCCAUUGGGAGGACGAAGUGUCGCUAAACAUAUAGUCCACAAUUGCCUCAAAUGCUAUCGCUCGAGACCAACACCAAUCCAGCAAUAUAUGGGAGAUCUACCAGCAGCACGGGUCACCAUCUCUCGGCCAUUUUCUCGAGCAGGUGUCGACUAUUUUGGACCCAUCUAUAUCCGGCCAGCCCCUCGACGUCCGGCAGUGAAGGCUUACGUCGCACUUUUCAUCUGUUUGUGCACGAAGGCGGUGCACCUCGAAUUAGUUACAGACCUAUCGACUGACCGGUUCCUCCAAGCUCUGCAUCGUUUCGUGGCUAGACGUGGAAAAUGUAGCGACAUCUACUCCGACAACGGAACCAAUUUCGUCGGUGCUCGGAGGAAAUUACAGGAGUUUCUGAAUCUACUGAAGUAUCAAACCCACAGAGAGAUCGUUGCAAAGGACUGUGCCAUGCAAGGUAUUCAGUGGCAUUUCUCUCCACCAAGCGCCCCUCACUUCGGAGGUCUCUGGGAGGCCGCCGUGCGCUCGGCAAAGAAACACCUCUUGAAGGUCAUCGGUGAAGAUCCAGUUUCUCCAGAAGACUUCACAACGCUGCUUGUUCAGGUAGAAGGGUGCUUGAAUUCCCGACCGCUCACGCCUUUGACGGAGGAUCCGGACGAUCUGGAACCGUUGACUCCCUCGCAUUUCCUUGUCGGCACGUCACUCCAAGCAUUACCCGAACCCAACCUCGAAGACAUCCCCAUGAAUCGCCUCGACAAGUACCAAUUAAUGCAACGAAAACUCCAAGAUUUCUGGCGAAGGUGGCGCCGGGAGUAUUUAUGUCAACUCCAAGCCAGGACGAAACGCUGGAAACCACCGGUUCAGGUGGAAGUCGGAAAACUGGUCGUUAUCCAAGACGAUAAGGUUCCCCCCAUGCGCUGGAGAAUGGGGCGAAUAGCAAGGCUACAUCCCGGAGAUGAUAACGUGGUUCGGGUCGUUACACUAAGGACAGCUUCUGGUAUGCUAACUCGUCCGGUAGAGAAGUUGUGUAUUCUGCCGAUACCAGACUGCAUCCCCGAAGAAGACCCCGAGGACAGUGCAUCCAGCAAGCAAACGUAA